AUGACGCCAUUGCGUUUUGGUUUUGAGCUUUACAACCUUUUCAACCGUAACCAAUACGAGAGCGCCACAUUAUCAACUCCAACUAUAAUUUCACGGGUAUUACGCGAAGCAAAGUCACAUCACACACAAAUUAACCAAGGUUUGCGUGAAGUUGAUCUCUCCAACAAUAAAAUAUCUGGAAACUUUCCCACUUGGCUAAAGGAGAACAAUAACGAACUUCAAGUUUUGCGUCUACAGAAUAAUUAUCUCACGAGUUUUCAGCUACCAAACUCUACUCAUGGUCUUGGUUUCCUAGACGUGUCAGUGAAUAAAUUCAACCAUCUGUUUCCUGAAAACAUUGGAUGGAUACUUCCUCAGUUAAGUAUUAUGAAUAUAUCAGGUAAUGGUUUUCAAGGCAAUCUGCCAUUUUCUCUGAGUAACAUGACAGAGAUUUUAUAUCUGGAUAUAUCUCACAACAAUUUCCAGGGGAAGAUACCACGAGGCUUUUUGAAGGAAUGUUAUUUCAUAGGAAGUUUGAAGUUGUCACAUAACAGAUUCAGUGGAGAGGUUUUUCCAGAAGAAGUGCCAGCAUUUUCUGGUAUAUCAGAGUUGUUUAUGGAUAACAAUCAGUUUACAGGAAACAUUGGGAAAGGUUUAGGGAACUUGCAAUACUUGUUAGUGCUUGAUAUUUCAAACAGCAGUCUCUUAGGUGUUAUUCCAAAUUGUAUUGGCCAACUUCCACAACUAACUGCGCUUUUGCUUUCAAACAACUCGCUGGAAGGUAAUAUACCUACGUCUUUGUUCAAUAUGUCUAAUCUGUAUCUACUGGACCUCUCAGCGAACCGUUUAUCUGGGGACAUUCCUCCACACAUCAUAUCUGCAAUGCCGUCAAUUGUGUUCCUGCAAGAUAAUAAUUUAUCAGGGAUUAUUCCAGACACAUUGCUAAUGAAUGUCACUGUACUUGAUCUGAGAAAUAACAGAUUGUCUGGGAGUAUCCCGGAGUUCACCAACAUCCAAAGCAUUGGUAUUCUUCUUCUACGGGGUAAUGAUUUAACAGGUCGUAUCCCUCGCCACCUGUGUGGCCUAAGAACCAUCCACCUCCUGGAUCUUGCCAACAACAGACUGAAUGGACCCACACCUUCAUGUCUUGGCAAUGCAUCAUUUGGUUUGGGAAAAGAGGAUUCAUUAUAUUUAUUUGAGUUGAGGUCAGGUGAAAUGUCUACUAGUUUCGAGCUUGGCUAUGCUCUGGAACAGGAUUCCACUCCAAAAAAAGGUGUUGGUGGCUUUUUCAAUUCUCUUCUUGUGCUAGAUCCGUUCAUUGGGGGCAUCAUGGAAAAAUCCACCAGGACCAAGAUUGAGUUUGCAACAAAACACCGAUACGAUUCCUACAUGGGUGGAAAUCUCGAACUAUUGAUUGGAAUGGAUCUCUCAGAAAAUGAGCUGAGUGGUGAGAUCCCUUUUGGGCUUGGAGAUCUUCAUAAACUACAUGCUCUCAAUCUAUCUCACAACAAAUUAUCAGGAGUGGUACCAAAAAGCUUUUCAGGUCUCAAGAACAUGGAAAGCCUUGAUCUUUCCUUCAACAGGUUACAAGGCCGGAUCCCAUCACAACUAGCAGAGCUGAGCAGCCUAGCUGUCUUCAAUGUCUCGUUCAAUAACUUAUCAGGAGUCAUUCCACAAGGAAAACAGUUUAACACCUUUGAUUCACAAAGCUUCUUAGGUAAUCCUUUUCUAUGUGGACUACCAACCAGCACAAGCUGCUACAACAGUGGUAACUUCUUUCAAGAACCAGAUAAUGAAGUGGAGGAAGAUGAGGGCCAUAUCAACAUGAUAUCUUUUUAUUGGAGCUUUGCUGGAGCUUAUGUCACCAUACUUCUUGAAAUAAUCUCAUCUCUUACUUUUGACUCUCCUUGGAGCAGAUUCUGGUUCUAUAAGGUUGAUGUUUUCAUCCACAAGGUGAGAAAAUUGUUGUUUUGCAACUGAGGUUGGUGCCAGAUCCAUCUGUUACUCUUCUUCUCAAAAAACCUCCUGCUUUGUUUUGCAACUGAGGUUUUUGAGUACUGUCCCUGUAUUUGAAUAUAUGUAAUGUCCAAACAUGUAACGUAAUGUCCUAC